CGCGAGUGUCAACAAUGCCUGCGAUGGGAUGGAAGCCGUGUCUCGUGGUGUGCGGACCGUCGGGCUCGGGAAAGACCACUCUCUUGUCACGACUGGUGGCCGACUGGCCUUCUGUGGUGCGAGCGGUGGUCUCUCACACGACGCGCGGCGCGAGAGCGACGGAAACGGAGGCAAAAGACUAUUACUUCGUGUCGAAAGAGAGAUUCCGAGACAUGGAGGCGAAGAAGGAGUUCUUGGAGUCCUCGGAGUUCGCCGACAACUUCUACGGCACGAGGUUUGGCGGCGAGUGUUGGGGCAUUGAAUUGACGGUUGUUUGCACUCAUAGUUGGCAGGAGUUGCGGAAAGUGGCCGAAAGCGAGGAGAAGGCGCUUCCCGUUCUGGACGUCGACAUAAACGGCGUUCUGGCGCUCAGAAAGCACGGCCUAAACGCCAAAUACGUGCUGAUCAAGGCGUCGCUCGAGAAUCUGGAAAGGAAUCUGAAAUCUCGCGCCACAGAAGACGCGAAGUCGUUGUCGUUGCGGUUGUCGCGCGCGGGCGACGACUUGCGAUAUAUUGAACAAAAUCAGCACAUUUUCGACACAAUUAUAAUCAACGACAAAAUCGAAGACUCUUUGAAUCGAAUCAAGAAUUUCGUCCAAAAACGUCGCUUCGAUGACGUCAUCAACAUUUCGUCAUUUGUUAUGAAAACAAUGUCCGAAACACUGGAAGUGAAGAUCUGUCUUCUGGGCGUAAGUCUCGCUCCAAUUGCGCUCCCAAUUAACGGCCAUUUAUUCAUUAGGACUCUGGCGUCGGCAAGUCGUCGCUCGCGACCGGCGUCGUUCCUCACCAAAACCUUCAUCCAGAAUGACGUCAUCUACAAGUUGAACAUCUGGGACACCGCCGGCCAGGAGAUGGACUCGUUCGCUUCCAUCCAAUCGUGGGUCAGAGAACUGCAGACGCACGCGCACAACGACCUGGUCAUCGCGCUGGCGGCGAAUAAGUGCGACCUGGCGGCGAAGGUGACGUCACGCGACGGGCGGGAAAUGGCCGAACGCUGCGGCGCGCUCUUCUGGGAGACGUCGGCGAAGAGCGCGCAGAACGUGAACCAACUGUUCGAGAGUUGCGGUCAGUUGUGGGAAACCAUGGAAACCAAGUUCGCUGCGAGUGCCGCGCUCUAUGGCAACAAUGGCCGCGAGCGCGCCCUUUCCGAUCGAAGCGCCACAAAAAACGAAGUGUUGUUAAAA